AUGAAACACGAUUUCCCACUCAGUAAAUUACUAAAGAUACUAUUGCUAAAUUGGAUUUCAUUAAAUCAUUUGCAACUUCCUAUGAUUUAUUCCUUUGAAAGCGAUAAGGAGGUUGAAAUUACACGUCAAGUCAUUUCAGAAGAGAGUGACGAAUUGAUUCGUUCAAUUUUAAUGGAAGCAUUAGACGAACAACAGACAGCGCAUGAAUUAGGAAGAGCGCUUAUUUUUGAACAAAAAUAUAUUAAUUUUUCAAUUCGAUCAGCUGACGGAAGACAACAAGUUACAAGUUGCGCCAUUCAAAGAUGUCCUAUAUUUAAUUCCUUUUUUGAAACUGCUUCUACUCUCUUAACUUUGAACAGAAUAAAUGUUGCUUCUGUUACAAAUAAUACUACAAUAAAGAAACUAAAACAGGUUUCAUGUAGUAAGAAAACUAUUAAAUGCACAGAUAGAAAAUAUAGAAGAAUAGAUGGAAAGUGUAAUAAUCUUAUUGAUCCGUACGAAGGAAGUGCUUCUUCUUGUCAUUUAAGAUUCAUUCCACCUUCUUAUGAUGAUGGUGUUAAAAAAUUGAGAAACAGAAGUUUUAAUGGUGAUUCACUUCCAGAGCCUAGACAAAUAAGUAUUGCUUUGACUCGAAACAGAUGUAGACGUUCUUCUAAUAUAAGUAAUAUUUUCCAGGCGUUUGGACAGUUUAUAGCACACGACAUGAGCCUUUCUGCUCAAACUAGUUUGAAGGGUAAACCUCUUCAAUGUUGCCCUAAUGGAAGUAAGAAACAUCCUGAAUGCUUUCCCAUACGAAUCCAAUCUAAGGAUCCUGAUUUUUCAUCCAGUUGUUUGAAUUUUGUGCGAAGUCAACCAUGCAAUUCUUGUUCCUUUGUUAGAGAACAAGUGAACUUGAAUACUCCUACUUUAGACUGUUCACAUAUUUAUGGAAUAAAGAAGAAGCAAUUAGCAAGUUUGAGAAGAACUAAUGGUAAGAUGUUAGUUAAAUCAUAUCGGAGAGGUGUUUUUCCACCACCUAGCAAGAAUCAAAAAACAGAUCAAUGCAGUGUACCAAAGAAAGGAAUAAUAUGUCCAUUAACUGGUGAUAUAAGAAGUAAUGAAAAUCCACUGUUAUUAAGUUUUCAUACAAUAUUUUUGAGAUUACAUAAUAUAAUAGCUAAUAGAUUAAGAUUCAUUAAUUCACGUUGGAAUGGUGAGACAAUUUUUCAAGAAUCAAGGAGACUUGUCAUUGCUAUUUUUCAACACAUUGUUUAUUGUGAAUAUCUCCCAGUUCUCUUUGGAUCUGAAAUUUCAAAGAAGAAUCAUCUUUGUGACAAGAAAUCUUUUUAUAAUAGAAAUGCCCGCUUGGGAACAUGGAACGAGUGGGCCGCCGCAAUGUUUCGGAUAGGACAUCCUACCGUACCAGAUUACAUAAAAACGGUUUCAAGAAAAGGAAGAACGAAAAUGAUUCCUUUAAAAAAAUUAUAUUUUAAUUUUCCAUAUCUGAGAAAUAACUUGGAUAAUGUAAUUAGAGGAGCUACAUCACAGAAUCAAAUAUCGUUUGAUCGAUGUAUGAGUAAAUCCGUUACAAAGUUUCUUUAUACAAUAAAUGAAGAAUCCCCAACAAUAGAUCUUGCUUCUAUAAAUAUACAAAGAGGAAGAGAUCAUGGAAUACCACCUUACAAAAGAUAUUUUAUUAAAGCAAAUCCUAAUAAAUCUGCUCUAAAUUUCAAAGAAUUACUUAAAACAGGCUUAUUUUAUAAAAGCUGCAUUAAUAAAAUUUCAAAAAUAUAUAGAUCUCUUGAAGACGUAGACCUUUUUGUAGGAUUAAUGUGUGAAAAGCCAAUAUCUGGUGGUGUGAUAGGGCCAACUGCAGUACAUUUUAACAUGAUGCAGUUUCAAAAUUUGAGAGCAAAAGACAGAUAUUUUUAUACUGCUGAAGGUCAAACAGGAUCUUUUGAAAAAGAACAAUUGGAUGCAAUUAUGAACACCACUCUUUCAACUGUUAUAUGUCUUUGUACAAAUGUAACUAGGGUGCCGAUUAACAUGAUGAUUACAGGUAGUCCUGUGAUAUCUUGCAAGAAUAUACCUAAACUUCACUUAGAAGCAUGGAAAGAGAGGAAAUAAAAGUGUAUUCAUUUUUGAUAAAAUUAUUUUAAAAUAAUUUUAUUUAAGUACAAUUUUCACUAUUUUUUAUAAUUUUUAUUUACCAUUAUUUAAAUUUCAAUGUAAUAUAAUCAUCACUUAAAACUUUUCCUGUAUAAUUAGAUUAAAAUUCUCAAAUCUUUGUCACAUAUUUAUGAUAAUAGUAGUACUAUUAUCAAUUUAUUAACUGCUGGAAUUAUUAACAAAAUGUAUUAUAGUUAACCUUUUCCAGCUGUAUAACAUUCCUUGUACUGUAUAUCAAAUUAUACUCUAAACCAGGAUGGUGAACCUUUUUGAGUCUGCAUGCCAUGUAGUAAGCAUACUUAUCUUUAUAAAUGUUUAUGCAUGUCAAAGUUCCAGACUUUGAAUAAUGAUAUUAAAAGUAAUGAAAUGAAUGUGCUUUAAUUAGAAUAAAUGUAAAAAAGUUGAUAGAAAAAGAUAGGCAAAUCAUAAUAAGUUACGUGCCAUGUGUUCACCACCCUUGCUCUAAACAAAUGUUUUUGACUCUGUUUAGGGACUGCUUCAGGCUUACAUUCAAAGAAAAACA